AUGGUUAACGAAAGAUGGCCAGUUGAAUUAGCUGUUGACCCAGAAACUCUGGAGCAUCCAUUGAAGUUCAAAACAGCUUUGGCUAAGGCUAGAAAUCGGCUUCUUAAGGUAUAUUUUUUAAAUUAAUUUAUUUAUUACCUGUUAAAAAGAUGGCUGCGAUUACAUUUUUUCAAGAGUAGAUCCUUUAAAAUUUUUUCAAAUUUUUUUAAAUUUAAAUUUUUUUUAAGUUUUAGGUAACAUUUUUUUAUUCACGGCUUUUAUCAUUACCUAUACGUAUUUUACCAAAAUAAAAUAUUUUAGGCCGCAAUGAGUGAGAACAUAGCCACAGUAGACCCUCAUCGUCUACAGUUUCAUGGUGUGCCAACUCAACGUCUUAUCAACUUGUACGAAAAGUUUGGUGCUGGUGGUUGGGGAGCAGUGAUAACAGGCUCAAUUUCUGUUGAUCACAAGCAUUAUGAAGGCCCUGGAGCUAUGAUUAUUAGCCGAGAAUGCGAGUCUGAAGCUAGAAGAGCUCAAUUCAGAAGGUUGACUGAGGCGGCUAAGAGUCAUAAGGGCUUGAUCUUGGCUCAGCUUAAUCAUGUGGGUUAUUUGGAAGUUUUAAGGAAAUUUUGGUAUUGUGGGGAUGUCAAAUCGUAUUUUACAAAAAAAAUAUGUUGCUUUUUUUACCGUACUUAUAAUUUAUUAAAAUUUUUUUAAAAAUUCAGAACGGCCGCCAAACCUUAGCCACAGUAAAUCCAACCCCUUAUUCGGCUUCCGAUGUCCAACUGGAAACCCAAAUGAAAGGUUCCUUCUUUGGAAAGCCUUUGCCAUUGACAUUAGAACAAAUCCAAACUGAAGUUGUUGAUCGAUUCGUCUAUGCCGCUUUGUUUGCCUAUGAUACUGGUAAGCAUGCUUUACAAGUUGGUAUAGUCUUAUCGUAAUUUACUUACAUUACUCUUUUUUAUUCUACCUUACUCUAUCUUGCUUUAUCUUGCUUCUACUUCACUCAGUAUUCUCUACCUUAUCUUGCUUUUGUCUAUCGUACACAACCGCACCCUACCGUUCUUUAUUGUGUCUGAACAUACCACACCUUUCUCUACUUUACCUUGCUCUAUCCUAUCUUUCUGUUUAUUUAGUUUAUCUUAUCGUGCCUUGCCUUACUCUAACUUACACUACCCAAUCCUACUACGCUACUGUACUCUAGUGUGUCUUUACAUACUCUACCUUGUCUUACUUCUUCCUACGUUAUUCUAUCUUUAAUUUACUUUACUCUACUCUAUUGUAGUUCACUAUACUUACGAUUACGAUACUGCGCCCUAGCAUACUCUACCCUCUUGGCUGUGUUUUGAGUUACGAACAAGUAUUUUUGUAUCUAUUAUAUGCAUAUUAUAUUAUAAAUGUCAAUUUUAGGCUUCAAUGGAGUACAAAUAGCAGCAGCUUUUGGUACUAUUCUUUCUCAAUUUUUGUCGCCAUCGACUAACUUAAGAAACGAUGAGUACGGUGGAUCAUUGAAGAAUCGUUGCCGUGUUAUUGACGAAAUUUACUAUGGAAUCCGGUAAGAAAAAAAUUUUUUUUUGUUUUUUUUUUUACAAUUUUUUAACGUCAAAAAAUAUAAAACAUGAAGUUUAUUUACAAACAAAUCUUACUUUAAAUGCCUCUAACCAUAGAAACAAAACAACACAGUACAAUAUCCAUUUAUAUAAGCUAAAACAGUGCUAACUCUAUAAAGCACCUAUUCAUACCUACAACAUCCAAAAACCUGGCUAAAAAAUAUCCUGCCAGUAUAAUCCUUCUCGACCCUCUUACUAUCCUUCUUAUAUGGGUAACAAAACGGUCGUCCCCACCAUACUCGCCCAACCACUACCAUGAACAAUACCAUAAACCCCACUGAUAGUAAAAGGCAAAAGGCAAUCACUUGUUGGUCAACUAUUGUCAUUCGGUAGAGAUAUGUAGGGUAUUGAAAGUAAUUGUAGUAGUUGGCGUCGGCCCAUAGGAGGAUUGCAAAAACUGUGUAGAAUAUUGUCACUAUGAACUGAAAAGAGCAGGUUCAUAUAAUAGUAGGAUAGAGACGGGGUAGGGUAGAGUAGGAUAGGGUAAAAUAGCGUAGGGUAAGGUAAAAUAGGGUAAGGUAGGGUAGGGGAAAAAAUAUUUUGAAGCUUCAAAACUUACAUCAAGGAUAAAAAACGGGUACAGCCAAGACACGUUUUGGUUCAUAAUGCCAAGAUGAGCAAAUAGGUAGGCUAAUAGACUGGCAACGUUGAACAAGUUGUACCAUCCCCAACCAUUCGAAAACAAGAUUACUAUCAAAAUGAUCCUAGAAUAUAAAUAAUAAAUAUUAUUUAAAAUGUACUUACAAGUUAUUAGGCAGCACGGUGUAUCUUCUCUACAACUCGGGGAUUCAAAGUGAGAAGCGAGGUGAGAUAUCGUUUUUCAAAAAAAAGUUAGAAAACUUACUGAAAGAGCACUACCAGUGCUCGUAAAAUGUAGGCAAAUAUGUGCAGAAGUCGCAGCAGUAUUUUCUCAACGCUUUCACCUAUCACAACAUUAGUCGUUGUUGUUAAACUCUAAAAACUCUAAAUUAUAAAAUAAAAACUUUACAAAAUUAAAAAAAAAUUUUUUUGGUUUGCAUGACAAUAUAUUUUAAUAGUUAAAACUAAAACACUUUUUUAGACCCCGUUCUUGUCUUGUAGUCAGAUUUCAUAAGACGUGCUUACUUUACCCUACUUUACUCUGCUUUACUCUGCCAUAUACUCUACUUUACCCUACCUUCUUCAUUUUAAUUUUAAUUUUUAAUUUCUUUUUUACCCAUUUUUUACUCUAAAAUCAAAUUCUUUCUAACCCCCAUACCUCACUGACAAUCGGUGGUGGAUCAGUGUUAAAGCUGUACAAAGAUGGAGUUUCGUUGAUGUAGUAAACCGCACUGGUAGUGCCUUUACUACCAGCUGAAGUGUCAUGAUAAACGUAUCUUGAUUGGCUAUCAUAAUAAUAGGGUGUUUGAGUGCCGGCACUUAUAGCACGGUCUUCUACGCUCAAGUCUACUGAUGAGUAGGCGCGUUGCAGUGGGGUUGGGGCUCGUUUCAUUUUUAGGUUACUGGCGUUUUUAGUGUGUAGAUGGAAUAGAAUUGGCUUAUAUUGUAUAAAAUAUCAAAAUAGAGCUUUUGGUUUAAGUACCUUCAAGGUUUUUAGUUAGUAUUAUUUAGUACGGUACUGCUAAAAAUAAAACUGUGUCAUCAGUAACAGAAAAUUUAAAACAAGGUUUUUAGUCUUGAAAUUUAUACUAUUUCGUGUCGUAUUUUACAAACUACAGUAAUUUUUUCAAAAUAGUAAUAGCAACACAGUAAGAUAACAGAAAUCCAAGUAGCACCUCAAAAAUCUCUUCUAAAUGUCACAUACAGGUCAUGACAAAAGCAAUUCCCACAAUUUAUCCCCUCCACCUCCAAUGAAUCACAUCGGUCUUCGAAGAUAUUUUUCUCCUCUUGUUUGCAUUUUUAUGACUUCAUCAUAACCAACCCAAUAAAAUACGCGUCUCUGCCUCAAAAUGCUAUUAACAUACGAUGAAGAGCGGUUUUUGAGGAAUUUGAUUUUGUUGAAAAAAAUGAAAUUUGAAAAAAAUUAGAGAAUAGAGCUUGUUACAGGGUGCGCAAAAAGUUCUGUUACACGGUUUUUUAAUUAAAUAUUUAUUUUUACAACAAAUAUAACUAAAACAACAACUAACAAUAGUAACAUAUAGUACUACUUAUAACAUAGUCAAUCGGUUUUAAAGUGUCCUUUGUAUCACUAAAAUUAAAAAAAAACCAAAAAAUUUUAAAUUUUUAUUAGAAAUUAUAAAAUUAAGUUUUCAAAGCAAAGUUGCACCAAAUUAUCCUCAGUUUUUUAAAAAAAAUUCUUAAAUACUAACAAUAAGUUGAACCUAAAUUACAUUUUUCAUGUAUUUUUUAAUUUAAAAUGUCCCUCUACUUUUUGUUCAACCUAAUAAGAUGGAAGAGCAUAAAAAGUUACCCAAAAAAACCGUUUUUAUAAACAGCUAAAUAAUCUCGUCUAGGAAGUUACAGUACGCUGAUAUUCUUAUAUGCUUAAAAUUUUCAGCUCAAAAAUACCAGCUGGAAGUGGAUUCAUAGUGAGCAUCAAGCUGAACUCAGCUGAAUUCCAAAAUGGCGGUUUGGAAACCAACGACGUUGUUAAUAUGGCAAAGCACUUUGAUGUAGGUUCAUUAUCUAAAUCAAGACAUACAUUUAGUUUAAUGAGAGAAUAAGUAGUACCCAAAUUUUAGUAUGAUACUGAAUAGUACCCAAAAGUACCAUAAAACUGCAAAUGUUUUUAAAUUUUAAAAAAUUUAUGAUUUGUGAUACUGAGUGGUACUAAACAGUACAUUGCAAAAAAAUUUUGUAAUUUUACAGUUUAAGGUGCUAAAUAGCACUAAAAUCAAAAAUUAAAAAAUUUCGUGUAUUAAUGAAUUUUUUUGUUGGUGGUGCUAAAUAGUACUAGAUUUUAAGCAAGUUAUCGUUGUUAUUAUGCUCAACAUAUAAUAGAUUUUUCAAAUUUCGUUUUUAGGAGCUCGGAUUUGACUUUAUAGAACUAACCGGUGGCAACUUAGAAGCGCCAAGAAUGGAGCACGUCAAAGAAUCUACAAAGAAACGAGAGGCUUACUUUAUUGAAUUUGCUGCUGCGAUUAAACCUAACAUCCAAAAUGCAAUUGUUUAUCUUACUGGAGGCUUCAGGACUGCUCCAGCUAUGAUUGCUGCUAUCAGAAACAAUGAAACUGACGGCAUUGGACUGGCUCGAGCCGCUGCGGCUGAACCUGGUAAGAGAAAUUUAAAUGUUUCAAAUUAUUACUCUGCUGUAGUUUACCCUAUCUUAUUCUACCGUAAAAAAUUUUUAGAUUUGCCAAAGAAAAUCAUAAACCAAGGAAUUCAAUCAGCAGCGGCCACUGUCUUCGCUGAUAAUUUUAUGAUUUCCAUGCCAGCAGCUAACACUCAGCUAGCUCAAGCCGGCAGUUCAGAUCUGUCAGAGACUAACGGUGAUCUAUGUCAUGGAAUCAGUGACUUUUCUAACCCAGCUGAAGCUGAAAUUUACCAGAAAGCCAUGUUCAAAUGGUUUGGAGAUUUGUGUGAAGCCGGCUCUAAAGGUCGUGCUGAAAUUGGCGUUUUUGAGUAUCAUACUCGGUCGAAGAAUGCUCCACAAGAACAUAAGGGAUUUUUGAAACGUUUGCUUGAAAGUAUUUAA